AAUGUAAGUCAUAAGUUGGAAAGACGUGGUUGAGUGGUGGUGGUAGUGACAGGUGUCUGCUGUGUUGGAAAAUAAAUAUAGAAAAAAAGAAGAAAAAAGAGAAGGAAUUGUGUUAUAUGAGGUGAGGAGAGGAGAGGAGUGGAAGAAUUGUAGAGUGGGUUCCGAUGACGAUCACUAUGCAGUCGACGCCGGGAAGUUCUGGAUAUCUGGAUUUGUAUCCAGAGCGGAAGAUGUCCUUUUUCAAGAAUCCUUACAUUCUUGGACUCGCUUCUGUUGCUGGCAUCGGUGGUCUUCUCUUCGGAUACGACACUGGUGUCAUAUCGGGAGCUCUUUUAUACAUCAAAGAUGACUUCCAGCAAGUCAGAGACAGUAAUUUUCUGCAGGAAACAAUUGUCAGCAUGGCAAUUGCUGGGGCAAUUGUUGGAGCGGCAAUUGGUGGUUGGAUAAAUGAUGCUUAUGGACGAAAGAAGGCCACCCUCUUUGCGGAUGUCAUCUUUACUGCUGGAGCAGUUCUCAUGGCUGCUGCACCAGAUCCUUAUGUUCUCAUAUUGGGACGUCUUCUGGUUGGUUUGGGUGUCGGCAUAGCUUCAGUCACUGCUCCUGUAUACAUUGCUGAAGCAUCCCCUUCCGAAAUAAGGGGAUCAUUAGUAAGCACAAAUGUGCUCAUGAUAACUGGUGGACAGUUUCUUUCCUAUCUUGUAAACCUUGUAUUUACAGGGGUACCUGGGACAUGGCGAUGGAUGCUUGGUGUUUCAGGUGUGCCUGCAAUUCUUCAGUUUGUUUUCAUGCUCUUCCUGCCUGAAUCCCCAAGAUGGCUAUUUAUAAAGAAUAGGAAAAAUGAAGCCGUUGAUGUGCUUUCUAAGAUCUUUGAUGUUGCUCGGUUAGAAGACGAAGUCGAUUUCCUAACUGCUCAAUCAGAGCAAGAUCGCCAAAAAAGGAGCAAUAUCAGAUUCACAGAUGUUUUUAGAUCAAAAGAAAUCAGACUAGCAUUCCUUGUUGGUGGCGGUCUUCUGGCUUUUCAGCAGUUCACAGGUAUAAAUACAGUCAUGUACUACAGCCCGACAAUUGUCCAAAUGGCUGGAUUCCAGGCUAAUCAAUUGGCUCUUCUCCUAUCCCUGAUCGUUGCCGGCAUGAAUGCUGCCGGAACUGUUCUCGGCAUUUACCUAAUCGACCAUGCAGGGCGGAAAAAAUUAGCUCUUUCGAGCCUGGGAGGAGUAAUUGUAUCUUUGGUGAUAUUGGCCUUCGCAUUUUAUAAGCAAUCAUCAUCUUCAAAUGAAUUGUAUGGAUGGCUUGCAGUUAUAGGCUUAGGAUUGUAUAUUGGUUUUUUCUCCCCAGGAAUGGGGCCUGUGCCAUGGACUCUGAGCUCAGAGAUAUAUCCGGAAGAAUAUCGAGGUAUCUGUGGGGGCAUGUCAGCCACUGUGUGUUGGGUUUCAAACUUGAUUGUCUCAGAGACAUUUCUUUCAAUUGCGGAGGCCAUAGGGAUUGCUUCAACUUUCCUGAUUAUUGGUGUUAUAGGUGUGGUUGCAUUUAUAUUUGUUCUUGUGUUAGUUCCAGAGACCAAAGGAUUGACAUUUGAUGAAGUGGAAGUAAUAUGGAGGGAGAGAGCUUGGGGCAAGAACCCCAACACACAGAACCUUCUUGAGCAGGGAAGUCAUUCCUAAGGUGUGUGAGAGCUUGUUGGCCUAAAUAGAUGCAUUGUGUAGCAUUUCUUGAGUACACUUGUGAAAUCUGAUGACUCUAUAUAUUAUGUUAUUAUUUAUAUAUGUAUUCACAUGUCCGAUUAGAUUAGCGUCUUCACUUGCCUCAUAAUCAUAAUCAUAGUUAUGAUUAAAAUGCUGUACUGUUUCACUUGGCACUUCUUGUGAACGGAGAGGAAACUGAGGACUGCUCGGCAACAUCAUUAAAAUGCUGUACUGUUUCACUUGGCACUUCUUGUGAACGUUAUAUGCAUAUUUUGCUGUUUGAAUUUAUCUUUAAUAGUUUUUCAA